AUGGUCCAGUCUCCUCAUCAGUUGAACAAGGAUACUGAUCAAGGGAGCCAUGCAAGAUGGGUAUUGAAGCAGCAGAAAAUACAGAAGAAGCAGACUGGCACACAGGGCCUUGAACCACCAGCACACACCUAUGAGCGGGUAUUAGAGCAGCUUGAGUCUCGAAAGAGGCAUCAAAGUUGCAAGUCAGAAGAGAACAGCUUGCAUUAUGCAGACAUCCAGGUGUGCAGCCCGGCCCAGUCUCGCUCAAGCCAGGAGGUGAAGCAUCAGCAAUUAGCAAAUGCAACGGAAUAUGCAGUCCUUCGCUUCCCCGAGGCCACACGGCGGCGCUAUGACAGCAAGAACGGGACCCCUGUGUGA